UCCAGAGAAACGAAACCAACAUGCCUUAAAUAAAGAGAAGCCUUUCUCAUUCAGAGGACGACCAGCUCAGCAGACAUGGCCUCAGCUUGCAGCAUCCUGUAUGAAGAACAGGUCCUGUGCUCAAUCUGUCUGGGUGAGUUCAAAGAGCCCGUCUCCACUCCGUGUGGACACAACUUCUGCAAGGACUGCAUCACCCUGUACUGGAACAGUCAGGACAAUGCACAGUGUCCACUCUGUAAGAGAAAGUUGGGUAAUAAACCAAAGCUCAAGGUCAACACAGAAUUCAGAGAUGUGGUGGAGCAUUUCAACCGCAUGAGAGCACAGGGUGGCCCUAAGAUCGUCGCCCAACCAGGAGAGGUCCCCUGUGACGUCUGCACCAAACCGAAGCUCAAAGCCCACAAGACGUGCCUGGUGUGUUUGGCCUCGUACUGUGAGCCACAUCUGGAGUCCCACCAAAACCUGAAGAAGCACAAGCUGAUCGAUCCUGUGUCCAACCUGGAGGACAGGGUGUGCAAGAAGCACGACAAGAUGCUGGAGCUCUUCUGCCGCACAGACCAGCAGUGUGUUUGCAUGAUGUGUUUGAACGACGACCACACGGGCCACGAGGCUGUUCCACUGGAGCGCGCCUUCAAAGAAAGGAGAGACGUGUACGAGAACGUGACCUCUGAGAUGAAAAAGUCAGAGAUCUCCAAAUCAGAGAGUGUUAAAAAUAUCAAAUGCUUUGUGGAAAAAAGCAGGGAAACUACAGCGGAUGAGAUCAGAGAAAUUGUACAAAUUUUAACCUCUUUCGUUGCUUCUGUACAAAAAUAUCAGGGUGAGCUGGUUGAAGCGAUUGAGCAGAAGCAGAAAGACAUAGAGAAACAAGCUGAAGAUCAGACAACUCUGCUGGAGCAAGACAUUUCUGAUGUGAGAAGACUAAGAUGUGACGUCGAACAAUUUAUACAGUCAGAAGACUACCUCUUUUUGCUGCAAAACUUCCCACUCAAUGUGACGUUCGACAAUACUCAUCCGACGGACCAACCUACUGACUCCAUUUUGCGAAUGACACAAGACAUUCCUGACAUUGGUCAGCAUGGUCAUAUAGAGAUGGUGAAAAAGUCAGUUGGUCAGAUUGAAGAAACACUCAGAAAUGAGAUGGAGAUGCUGAUCCAAAAGGUUGGGUCGUCUGAUUCUUGUGAUGCACCUACACAGUCACACGCAGUCGAAAAUAUGACGGCGAACAAUUUUCUACCCGAGCGGUGGAGACAGCCUCAGGACGAGCUGAUGAUGAUCCAGCAAUGCAAUGCAGUGGACCUGACUCUGGACCCCUACACAGCCAGCAAUUGGCUCAGGGUGUCUGACGAUGGGAAGCGACUGACCGUAGGUGGACAUCAGCAGAUCUUCUCUUUCUUUGCCAGGCCAUUUAAAUACCUUCCUUACAUACUUGCAAAGGAGGGGUUUUCAUCAGGCAGGUUCUACUACGAAGUCCAGGUCAGCAGCUGUAAAAGAUGGCUCUUAGGAGUGACCAAAGAGUUUAUUAACAGAGAGAUUUACUUCGAGCCUACCCCUGAGGACGGGGCGUGGAUAUUAAACACACAGAACCAAAUUCAGACCGUUAGGGUGUUUGUCAACUACGAGGAGGGUAAAGUCUCUUUCUACGAUGUGGAAGCCAGGUCUGAGAUAUACACAUUUACAGGAUGUGCAUUCAAGGAGACAACACCUCUGAGAUCAUUUAUUUCCUCAGUGGCUGGUAUUUCAUCCAUUCACAGACCAAAACUAUACCCUGUAUUUGGAAUAUAUAAUAAUUAUAUUAAUUAUUAUGGGGAUAGUCUUGUUAUCACCCCUGUAAGCAAACCUUAAGCUAAAGUAAGAGGUCAGGGGAAUCCUGUACGACCAUAAAGUUCAGAAUAUUGCGAAUCAUUCUCUUAUUUCUGCCAGAUGGCCUAUCAGUCUGAAAAUGAGUCACCGUUUGGUGUGCAUUUUCUGUAAUACUCAAAUCUGACCACUAAGUGGCACUAAUGUUCAAUAAAUAUUCAACUCCAUUACAAGUGGAUCAGUUCAUCGGGUCCCUCACAGCUUAGGAACAAAUAACAAAUAUCUGAAGAUAAAGAAUAGAUGAAGAUCACAGGAUUGUUAUUUAACCAGGCUAAUAUUACAAAUAUUUUUUUUCUCCACUCCAGAGCCACAAACUUUAAUGCAUUUUUGGGGGGAUUUCAGGUGCUGGAUUGAAACAAACAUGCAUUUCUUAUUGGGACAUAGCCACCUCUUUCUGUGCAAAUGCAUGUUUACAUCCUUGCUGUUAUUUGAAGAAUUUUUCUGCACAUUUUUUAUUUCUAAAAACAUUUCUGCUGUAAUUUGCACCUUGCCCCCCCCUGCUUUUUGUAGUUUGUUUUUUAUGGAUCAUUCCACACGUUUUGUACAUUCUUAAUGACCCCAUGCAGUUGCACAUUUGUCUUAAUCUGAGCAUGCAGAUUUUAAAUUAAUUGUGAUUAAACAGGUUAAUAACUGCAAAAUGUAAUUCUUCUAAUGCUGUAAAUCUGCCCUCACUGUACAAUCUUACUUUGAUCUAUUUUACCUUUGCGCGAAUACGAAUGCUUUCACUUAUCUCUAACUUGCUGACAAAUUUCCCCUCAGUGGGACAAUGAAUUAUAAUCCUACUACAUUCUAACUGAGACCUGCAAUGGGAUAGCUUGUCUGAUUUAUGCAUUUCACAAUUGUUUGUUAAAUGGCUUUUAUUAAAAUUUUAC